UCUGGCAUGAGCAAAGAAGGAAAAGGAAACUGUCCUAAAUCCAUCCUGAUCUUUUUUAAACAUUUCCUUUUCACAGGAAAACGUCUCUUCUGUGUCUUUUAACACAUCCUCAUUUUUUUGCUGGCAAAGAAAGAGGGAGGGAGGAACUGAUGCCUGGGAGUGAAAUGAGUUUUACCUGAGUUGGAUGGCUGUUUUGGUGGGAAAUGAAGAUUUUCUGAACAAUGCAAGGCUCUGAGCAACACUAACAGCUGGCUUCAUUUCUUGUCACUUCGCCUCUGUAUGGGAAACUUGGAAAUGAAGAUGCUUUUCGUUCCGUUCCUCUGGAUCUGGCAUGGGAUCACUUAUAACUCAGAUGUUGUAUGUGGCUAUUCUGUAGCUCCACCAACUCUCAGCAUCGACACUGAUGACUACGCUAUCAAUGUCAAUGAGACACUGAAUAUCACGUGCAGAGGGCAACAUGUUUUGGACUGGAUGUGGCCAAGUAAACUGGAGUUUCAAGAGCAUGAGACGAAAGGUGAAGAAGCCAUCAUGACUGUAAACAAUAACAGUACAAGAAUGGUUACCUUAACUGAGUGUGAAGGCACACGUAUAAAACCAUACUGCAAAACCCUGACAGUGGUGGGCACAUAUGCUAAUGACACAGGAUUAUAUCGGUGCUUUUAUAAAUACAUCAGUGCGAUCAUCGAUGGAACCACUGCUGCAAGUACUUAUGUUUUUGUAAAAGAUUUUGAUGAGCCAUUUGCUCACAGGCAGGGAAUAGGUGUUGUAUACGUGUCCAAGCAGGAGUAUGCAGAGGUGCCAUGCAUCGUAUCCAUCCCUGACCUCAAUGUCACUCUCAUCAUGAUGCAGUCAGACAAGGAACAGCCUCAGGUUCUCAUCCCUGAUGGCAGCACUGUAGUCUGGAACAACAAGAAGGGAAUGCAAGUCCAAAAUGUCCUCAUUCGUUAUGCAAACAUUAUUUACUGCCAAGCAGUAACUAAAGAAAAACAGUACCAGUCUCCAAUAUUUUUUGUGCAUGUAACAGGAAAUUACAUUUAUGAUAUCUCAAUAUCCCCCAUUAACUCUGUCGAACUGAUGAUAGGAGAAAAACUGACAUUAAAUUGCACAGUGACAGCAGAAUUUAAUACAGCAGUGCAUUUCAAGUGGAAUUUCCCAGGACAACAGGUUAAUUCCACAGUUUUGAUUACUUCUGAAAGACGUCCACUGCUUUUAAACACUGAGUUAUCAAGCAUGCUGAUUAUUCCGAAUGUUACCCGAGAUGAUUUGGGAAAGUACGUCUGCAGUGCAAGCAAUGGCAUUGAGACUUACGAAAUAAGUACAGAGGUCAUGGUUCACGAUAAACCAUUCAUCAGUGUUGACUACAGCAAAGAAAGUUCAGUGGUUGAGGCUACAGCUGGAGACAAACAAGUCAAACUGGUCAUUAGUUACCUCGCCUACCCACAGCCAGAUAUCUACUGGUAUAAGGAUGGGAAGCCAAUUGCCUCUAACAUGGUGAUGAUUCAAAGGCGUAAGCCUUCACAGGCCUCAUUAGCGAUUCAUGAUAUUUCAGAGCAGCAUGCAGGCACCUACAUGUUACUGCUGAAGAAUCCUGCUGCACAGCUGGAACAGUGGGUCAACCUUCAUCUUCUCGUUAAUGUGCCUCCACAGAUCCAGGAAAAAAGAGUUGCUUAUCCCACCAACAUUUACCCUCGAGGUAUUCGACAAGAAUUGAUCUGUACUGUCUAUGGGAUCCCAGCAGCAGAAAAAAUCUUCUGGCACUGGAAACCUUGGGCUGCUUGUAAGCAGUCUUCUCGCCGGAGCUUGUAUUCUCGCAAGCUUGCACGAAGGCGGCAGCGGGAAGAGAUGCCAGAGUGCAAAGACUGGAAGGAUGUGACCUCAGAUGCUGGCCCAAACAAAUUCGAAAGCAUCGACACCUGGACAGAAAUUGUGGAUGGGAGAAACAAGACAGUCAGCAGGCUGGUGAUACAGGAAGCCAACUCUUCGGUUGUGUACAAGUGCUCAGCAUUCAACAAAGUGGGCAGAGAUGAAUGGCUCAUCUACUUCUAUGUGACCACCAUCCCAGAAGGCUUUCUUAUCAAGCUAUACCCUUCAGAAGAGCCCAUUGAGGGUCAGAAUGUCACUUUAACUUGCAAUGCUGACAUGUUCAAGUAUGUGAAUCUGCAAUGGUAUUAUCUCAAUCCUGAGAAACUUCAAGAUGAAGACAAUGACACUCUGACACUGGAUUGUAAGAGCAUAUAUAAAUAUGCAGACAAUAUGCGUAAACAAUCCCUCUCCUAUCAAGAGUCCAAUAAUGCAAGCCUGCUUCUCAGGUUUCCUAAAAUCACAUUGGAAGAAGAAGGCAAUUAUGUGUGUGUAGUGCAGAAUAAAAGAACAGGAGAGAAACACUGCCACAUAAAAUACGUCUCUGUACAAGCUCAAGAAGCCCCUGCACUGUUACAGAACUUGACUGACAGGAUUGUGAACAUCACUGAAUCCAUGAUUAUCUACUGCAGAGUGGCUGGAAUACCCAUCCCUGAAAUCCACUGGUUCAAGGACAAGAAACCCCUUCAGACACGUUCAGGAAUUAGCCUAAGCGACUCCAACCAGACCCUAACAGUGCAGAGAAUGAGAGAAGAAGAUUCAGGGGUGUAUCAGUGCUUUGCCUGUAAUAACAAAGGAUGUGUCAAUUCAUCAGCCACUGUAUCUGUUGCAGGCAAUGAGGAAAGAACAAGUGUUGAGAUAGUGAUUCUUAUUGGCACAGCAAUCAUCGCGGUCUUUUUCUGGGUAUUACUGAUUCUCAUCUUCUGCAACAUCAAGAGGUCAAACCAUGCUGAUAUUAAGACAGGAUACCUCUCUAUAAUAAUGGACCCAGACGCAGUACCCCUGGAAGAUCAGUGUGAAUACCUGGCAUAUGAUUCAAGUAGAUGGGAGUUCCCCCAAGACAGACUUCAACUAGGUAAAGUAUUAGGCCAUGGAGCAUUUGGGAAAGUGGUAGAAGCCUCAGCAUUUGGAAUUACAAAAAGCAACACCUGUGAAACCGUAGCAGUGAAAAUGUUGAAAGAUGGGGCCACAGCUAGUGAACAGAAGGCACUGAUGUCUGAACUAAAAAUACUAAUACACAUUGGAAACCACCUCAAUGUUGUCAACCUGCUUGGAGCCUGCACCAGAUCUAAUGGACCCCUGAUGGUGAUCGUGGAGUUCUGCAAAUAUGGGAACCUUUCCAACUAUCUGCGAACAAAGAGGGAAGGAUUUAUUCCUUAUAGGGAGAGGUCUCCUAAAUCAACAAGCCAGCUGUGCUCCAUGGUGGAGGCAGUGAUGGCUGAUAGAAGCAGGAUGGGCAUUAGCGAAGGUAUUAUUAUGGCCAGAAUGCUCACCAACCGACAUCAGAACAUUCAGUGGGAAAUGCAAGAAGUUGAUGAUUUGUGGAAACGCCCUCUCACUGUGGAGGAUCUGAUCUGCUACAGUUUCCAGGUUGCACGGGGGAUGGAAUUCCUGGCAUCUAGGAAGUGUAUCCACAGAGACCUGGCAGCUCGCAACAUUUUGUUGUCUGACAACAAUGUGGUAAAAAUCUGUGAUUUUGGUCUAGCCCGAGACAUCUACAAGGAUCCAGAUUAUGUUAGGAAAGGCAAUGCCCGUUUGCCACUGAAGUGGAUGGCACCUGAAAGUAUUUUUGAUAAAGUAUAUACAACACAAAGUGAUGUGUGGUCAUUUGGAGUUCUGCUGUGGGAGAUAUUUUCAUUAGGUGCCUCUCCCUAUCCAGGAGUGCAGAUUAAUGAAGAGUUUUGUCAGAGGCUGAAGGAAGGAACACGAAUGAGAGCUCCAGAAUAUGCUCCAGCAGAAAUCUACCGCAUAAUGCUCAGCUGUUGGCACGGUAACCCAAAACAAAGACCACUCUUCUCAGAUCUGGUAGAAAAACUUGGAGAUCUUCUGCAAGCCAGUGUACAACAAGUUGGAAAAUAUUACAUUCCAUUAAGCAGUUCUCAAAGUUCUUCAGAUGAUGGCUUUUCACAGACAAUUUCUUCUACACCACACUCAGAUGAAGAAUUUGAAAUGAGACUUUGUGGUGACAGUUUAUCAAGAAGGUACUAUAAUUGUGUGCCUUUUCAUGGGGGUUAUUUAACUGGAGGAAACCAAAGCCAGUGUCCAGGUCGGAUACAGACAUUUGAGGAGCUUCUAGUGGAACACAGUACACACAAGGCACCCACAGACAAUCAGACCGACAGUGGGAUGGUGCUGGCUUCAGAAGAGUUAACGAGGAUAGAGAACAGCAAACGCAGGAAAGAAGGAGGGUUCAGCAGUACACACACUACCAGCGACACAGAUGUUGUAUCGGAACACAAAGACCAAACAGGUAGAUGUCAGCAAUCACCAGCAGCAGGAGAGAUACUUUUAAACAGAGAAAAUGAAGAGGUGAAAGAACAUUCAGGGAAGAAAAUGGAUGCCGUCCAUAGCCCUCCCUCUUCAGUGACAGAUAAAUGUUAAAUGGUACAGUUCUUCCUUGGAGCACAGCAAAAAUUACUUAUUUUAUCUGGAAGGCAGCCAUAUACUUCAUUUGUAAACUAUGUUUUCAUGUUGUUUACUUAAAAUAUGUACCUGAACAAAAUGGAAGGACGAUGGCUAUAUUAUAGCAAUGACUAAAUGUUUUGCUAAACCUACAGACACUUAAAAAUGAAGGAAGCAAAGACAUGAAGCACCACAUGAUUAAUUAAAUUGCUUUCUGGAUGAGUGUGUUCCAAGUUGUAGUUUUCCCAAAAGAACAUGUUAAUGAAAACAACAACAUACAUCAGCAAUAUGGUUCGUAAAUACGACAACACAGACUUGUUCAUGGAACAAAAACUUGCUCAUCAUCUAAAUCCAUAAAAGUGAUCAUUUUCCUUCAAGAAUAUUUAAAAUUAGCAGCUGGAACUGCUCCCCAUUCUUACCAAUUAGUUAACAUCUGCAAUUAUGUUAUCUCCGAUAUUGAACUCUAGUGAUAACCACAGAUGGCUAGCAAAUGCCUCAGGACUUCAUCUGCUAUUAUCAAUACUGUCAGUCUGGGAAGUUUGCUUAUUUGUAUAAAGCUAUAUUUUAAGGUUCCUUCAAGACAAGAACCAGGUGCAGCUGCAGCAAGUCCUCCAUGAUGUUUAUGCUACUGACUGGGUGAUGUGGUUCAGGGCUGCUUCAAGAAUCCAUUGGUCGACAUGACAUAUUCUUUGUUGUUACUGCAUAUCUUUACAGUAUAUUUUAAUACCAUUAUUUGAUGAAUUUUAUUGUAAAUAAGGUAGAAUAAAAAGUUCACUUCUUAAACUGUAUGUGAAAGAGUAAUAAAUGAAACACGCAACAGCAUGAUAUAUAUAUGGUGGCAUGGUGUAAGUGAAAAUUAGUUUCUGUACCAUAAAUAUCACCAAUACAUAUGCAGUAUUUUGUACUAGAAUGCCAUGGGGUAUAGUAAAGUAAUGUUUUGAUAUGUGUGUAUGUAUAUACAUAUAUAUUUUUUC